GCGGGCGAACGAAUGUGCCGAGGAGGCCCCGAGGGCUGCAAGUGUCAUUCGCCGCUGCGAGGCGCGAUGGGAACGCAGGGGACGCGAUAGGCAGUGGAGGCAACGGGGGCGAUAUGAGGGGCUGCGCUUGGAAGGCAGCGUGGAAGGGCGAGUAAAGGUAAUGGGCCCGGGGCCGGAGUUUUGCAGAUACGGCCUGCGGCGGACGGAGAAGCGAAGCGAAGGCGAAGACGAAGAAGAAGACCUGAUAUGGAGUGGGUAGCGGUUGUGGGCUUCGUGGCGCAGCGUCAGGUUCUGGACGGGCGGUCUCGAGGCGACCGCGUAUUUGUGACAAUCGGAACGAACGAGACGUGGUGGUGGUCACCGCCGGGCCGCUGUACGCAGAACGUGACGCGAGCGGGACCGAGGGAGCUCACCGGAAAUGAAACGCGUUCGAGAAUCGAGUCGAUAGCUGCAUCGGAACAUGAAAGUGACGUCGGUGGCAAAGCUUGUAGCUCGUGCGGGAGGUCAGACGACCGUCUUGCUGCUGGCCAGCUCGCUCUGCAGGGAGAGCACGGAGUCGGAUGCGUUGAGGUCGCCGCAAAGGAUCGGUGCGGAACGCCUCGGCAGUGGGCGGCAACGCCGGCGGCACGUGGGGACGAGGGCAUCGCCGCCGGAAUAGGCAGGAGGAGAAGAUCCCGCUCCGAGGGUCGCCCCUCUUCCGCACGGAUUCCGGCCCCGCCGACUCAGUCUGCUCCUGCAAAAAGAAAAUCAAAAUGGCGGCUUUCUUCCGGCUCAUUCAUUGUCCCCGUUCGACGCCGGUGUUAUUUCUCUCUCCAGUCUGCUCCGUCUCUGCUGCAGUUUAUCUCUCUCUCCGCGCGUGUACAACCUGCUCCUCCUCAAGCACCGCUCCUGCAGCAACCCUACUGCCUGCAUCCGUUCUCCUUCCCCCAAUCUCGCAGAAGCAAUCAGCGCGUGUGGUGAUCGCUCCCCCGUCUCUUCUGCCAUCCUCUCCACCGCCGCUUCCCCUUCCCUGCUUC